GUUUCACCAAAUUCCACGGAUUCUAUAAGAUUCUCUUCAAACCGCCAAAACCCAUGUGAGAUCAGCUAAGUUCGGCCUGACCCAACUUCACAUACAGGGGAAAGAUUGAAGCUUUCUAGAGGCAGAAAGAGAUAAGGAUAGAGAGAGGGUUUUGGAUAUGGAAGCUCGAGUUGGGGUGGUGGUGGAAGGAAAGCAGAGAGCUUCGAAUUCAGCUCAGGGAGGCGUGGUGGAUGGGGGCGCCAGGAAAUUCUUGCAGCAGCAGAGCCAGGCGAACCAGUCCCUGAAUCAGCAGUCCCAGAUAGGGACGGUGAACCAGCUUUUAGCUGGCGGUAUCGCCGGUGCUUUUAGCAAAACCUGCACUGCGCCUCUUGCUCGCCUCACCAUCCUCUUUCAGGUGCAAGGAAUGCACUCUGAUAUUGCAACAUUGAGUAAGGCUAGCAUAUGGCAUGAAGCUUCACGUAUUAUCCAUGAAGAAGGGUUUAAAGCAUUUUGGAGAGGCAAUCUGGUUACCAUUGCUCAUCGCCUUCCAUAUUCUGCCGUCAGCUUCUAUGCUUAUGAACGCUACAAGACCUUGCUGCAUUCACUUGUUGAUGAACAUUUUAGGGGUAAUGCAAGUACUGACAUGUGUGUGCACUUUCUCGGUGGUGGGAUGGCAGGGUUAACCGCUGCCUCAGCCACAUAUCCACUGGAUCUUGUGAGGACACGCCUUGCAGCCCAGAGAAAUGCACUAUACUACAGAGGUAUUGGACAUGCAUUUCAUACAAUUUGCAGAGAAGAAGGUUUUUGGGGAUUGUAUAAAGGACUUGGAGCGACACUUUUGGGUGUGGGACCCAGUAUAGCAAUAAGCUUCUCAGUUUAUGAGGCUUUGAGAUCUUUUUGGCAGUCCCAACGGCCCAAUGAUUCGACUGUUGUGGUCAGUCUUGCUUGCGGCAGUCUUUCAGGCAUUGCCUCAUCAACAGCAACAUUCCCUUUGGAUCUUGUAAGGCGAAGAAUGCAAUUGGAGGGGGCUGGUGGUCGAGCCCGCGUCUAUACUACGGGCUUACUUGGGACUCUAAGGCACAUAACGCGGACUGAAGGCCUGCGGGGCUUGUAUAGAGGGAUAAUGCCAGAGUAUUACAAGGUCGUUCCAAGUGUAGGAAUUGUCUUCAUGACUUACGAGACACUGAAAAUGGUUUUUGCCCGCAUCCAAUCAAGUGACUAGUUGCCUCUAGAUUUCCCGUUUUCCGCCAUCUGUCGAGCCAUUGGAAUUUCUCAGAACUCAGUGGGGGUUUCCCGACGUAUGGAGGUAGGGGAGAGGGUAAAGUUGGUUAAAGACACAACUUAGGUAGAGCAAUAGUUGUGGUAGUUUGAGAAAUAUUAUGGUGGUAAAUUUUGCUGCUGCUGCUGCUGCUGCCGUGUGACCGUAUUGUUUAUUCUUGUAGAGAUUAGUUUAGCUGCAUGAGUCACAACAUGCUCCCCAUUUUGACAUGAGAAGUUAGCAAACUUUUACGCAUUCGUCGGUGGUCACCGUAACAAUUUUGUUGUAGAAGCCCUUUUGUCUUCCCCUUGUGUUUUUCUUUUUCUUUUUUACUCUGUUGAAGUUUUAGAGUUUCUUCUUACAUGUUUAAACCUUGUGUUUGGUCUGAUUUUAACUUUUUUGUUUUAAUUUACACCAAGGAGCUCUUUUAGGGAGUCCAUUGGACAGAAAGGGAAUUGCAACACUUUUGAAACGAUUUUGCAAGAUAUAUUCGUCGAUUACAGAAA